GACUUUUCUUCCGUGUCGGCGGAUCUGGCCGCGUAGAGAAGCGCCGCUGGGAGGAGGAGGGGACAGGGGAGGCGGCGUGCCGGCGUCCCGAGUCCCGACCGCCGCCGGCAGCAGCUUGCGGCGGCGUACCGCGUGUUCCAUGGGUUCACGAGUUUCGGGGCCCCACCACAUGGAUCCUCCUCCUCCGCCGCCGCCGCCGCCGCAGCAGCAGCACCCUCCUCAUCCUCAGGGUGAGCGUCACGGCGGCGGAGAGACGAUGCCGUACCAGGACGCGGACCAUAGGCUCCGCGCGCUGGCCGGGCGCGCGGAGGGCUUCGGCCGCCACGCCAUCGGCGGCCUCCACGGAUCCAUCUACCGCGUCACGUCGCUCCAAGACGACGGGUGCGGGAGCCUGAGGGAGGCGUGCCGCGGGGAGGAGCCGCGGUGGAUCGUCUUCGAGGUGUCCGGCACCAUCCACCUCCGCACCUACCUCCGUGUCUCCUCGUACAAGACCAUCGACGGCCGCGGGCAGCGCGUGGUGCUCGCCGGCAAGGGGCUCCAGCUCAAGUCCUGCCACCACGUCAUCGUCUGCAACCUGGUGUUCGAAGGAGGACGCGGCCACGACGUCGACGGCAUCCAGAUCAAGCCCGACUCCACCAACAUCUGGAUCGACCGCUGCACCCUCGCCGACUACGACGACGGCCUCAUCGACAUCACGCGGCAGAGCACCGACAUCACGGUCUCAAGAUGCCACUUCAUGCGGCACGACAAGACGAUGCUGAUCGGCGCCGACCCGACGCACGUCGGCGACCGCUGCAUCAGGGUGACCAUCCACCACUGUUUCUUCGACGGCACGCGGCAGAGGCACCCCCGCCUCCGUUUCGGCAAGGUGCACCUCUACAACAACUACACGCGGAGCUGGGGCAUCUACGCGGUCUGCGCAGGCGUCGAGGCCCAGAUCGUGUCGCAGUGCAACAUCUACGAGGCGGGUGGAGGGCCUCCGAAGAAGACGACUGUGUUCAAGUACAUGCCGGAGAAGGCCGGCGACCGAGAGGAUGUGGUGGCGGGGUUGGUCAGCUCGGAAGGGGACGCCUUCCUCAACGGCGCGCUGCCCUGCCUGAUCGGUGGCCCUGGACCUGUCUUCAGGCCAGAGGAUUACUACCAGCAGUGGACUAUGGAGCCAGCGUCGCCGGCGCUCAAGGACAUAAUACAGCUCUGUGCAGGAUGGCAGCCGGUGCCCAGGCCCUCUGACGAUUUGUCAUUCUGAUAUGCCUCACCAUCUUGUUGCUGCGCAGGGAUCCGCCCGAUCCCUGACAGUUCCAUGUCAGGAGCGUCAUGGUUGACCCGACGUUCCGCGGGACGCCGUGUUCUGAAGCUGUUGGCGAUGAGAGUGGCUCCCAGCAUGACCGACCAUAUCCACCACCAUGGCCAGAGGUAUGCGGAUCUAGAGUGUUGGAGUUGUUGCCGAUAUGAGGCUGAACACAAUUACCGCUAUCCAAGCUCCUGAGAGUGCAGAAAGGGUCACCAGAAACUUGAUUUGGUGCCAGGCCGAAGGUGGUGGCUGCAUAGUCCUCGAAGAUCUGGCUAGCAUCGGUAGGAACCAGAGCUGUCGGGCGAAGAAGGCUUCUCGCAUGGGUCCCCAGAGCCGAUGCCAAAGGAUCCCCGAGACUGUUGCCGUCAGAGCGGCAAAACAGAUCCGGGGUAGCCUCUCGACUAUGUCCCUCUCGUUGCCUUGAACUGCCAACUGGAUGAACCCGCUGAGCACUUGUCAGUGGUGGACAUGGUGGUGGACAUGGCAUACCUCUCUGGCCAUGGUGGUGGACAUGGUCAUGCUGGGAGCCACUCUCAUCGCCAACAGCUUCAGAACACAGUGUCCCGCGGGACGUCGGGUCAACCAUGACGCUCCUGACAUGGAACUGUCAGGGAUCGGGCGGAUCCCUGCGCAGUUCUAAAAUGACACACCUCGCCCACCUCCUCUCAUCCACCAGAACACAGUCCCUGCUCUAGGCCACUCUGGUGGCCUUUGGCUCAUCUGGAAGCAGGAUGUUCUAAUCACCGUAGUUGAUCACUCCGACCACUAUAUUUUCACUUUGUGUAAUAAUAAGCUAGAUAACCAGAACUUUGGGCUUGUUUGUAUCUAUGAUGAUCCCUAUCAUCGUCUACUAGAUAAUAUUUGGAUGCAUGUCUACUCUUUUGUUCAAAACAAUCCGAACUUACCUAUAUUUUGUAUGGGAGAUA